AUGGUGGAAGUCGACGAGCACUUCGCCGCCAGGCUCCGGCGGCAGGGCUGGAUUCAUUACGGGCUGGGCAUCGUUUUCAUCCUCCUCAGAAUGUACGGGAGAGCAAAGAGGUUGGGAGGAGUGACCAACUACCAGACCGACGACUAUCUCCAGAUCCUCGCCGCUAUCCUCUUCACACUCCUCGUCGUGUCCCUUAACCUCAUCACCGACAACGGCGGCUCGAACCUCUACCCGCCCGACCAGCUCGCGUCCUUCACGCCGUCCGACGUCGCCGCCCGCGUCGCCGGCUCCAAGCUCGUCCUCGUCUCGGAGCAGGCCAUGCUGAACCUCAUCUACGUCCUCAAGGCGUGCGUGCUACUCCUCUACACGCGCCUCACGCUCGGCCUCACGGCGCAGCUCUUCGUCCGCGGGCUCGCCGUCUACGUCGCCGUCGGCUGGGUCGCCACCCAGGUCACAAUGUUCGCCGCCUGCCGGCCCUUCAGCGGCUACUGGGCGGUGCCGCCGCCCGACCCGCAGUGCGCGACGUACGAGAGCUACGCCAUCGUGCAGGCGUGCUUCAACAUCUCGUCCGACGUGCUCAUGCUGCUCGUGCCGCUGCCGCUCGUGCUGCGCAUGGAGGUCCCCUGGCGCCAGAAGGCGGUGCUCGUCUUCGUCUUCUCCCUCGGCAUCUGCGUCGUCGUCGCCGCGCUGCUGACCAAGAUCUUCAACCUGAAGGACCCCUACAGCCCCGUGUACAUGCUGUGGUACAUCCGCGAGGCGGGCGUCGCCGUCUUCGUGUCGAACCUGCCGCUCAUGUGGCCGCUGCUGCGGGAGUGGUUUCCGUGCCUGCGCGGCGCGAAGGCGACGAACGUGCAGCCGGCGACGACGACGCAGAACAUCGGGCGGACCACCAAGACGGUGAACGGGUCGUCGGGCGUCAUGACGCAGAGCUUCGGCGGCUGGCAGCCGCCGCCGCAUGGGACGAUGGCGACGACGACGACGACGACACCGGCGACGGCGAGGAGAGAUACGUUUGAGGAGUUUGGGUCCUGGCUGAACGCGGACGACCUCGAGCUGCAGAAGUCGUCGCAAGCGCUGGGGUCGGGAUCGAGCCAGCGGCAUAUGCUGGAGUGGGACGAGGAAGACAUCGAGAGCUCGCCGCCCGGUACGGAGAGGAGGAGCCGGAAGAGGAGGUCGUCGCUUCCGGGGGCCCUCGUGCCGGGCCAGGCCGGCGGAGAACAGGCGAGUCCGCGGCGGCAGACGAUGGAGCUGGAUGUCGAACGGGGGCUAUACAGCUGUUACGGGCCGGGACAAGACCUGUCGCCUCUGAAAACGAUGGACUUUGGCCGGAUGAAAUAG